AGAUAAUAAUUUUUAAAGGCAAUUAAACGGCCGCGAGCUUUGCGCUGUCGGAUGCCGAGGACGGCUCGUCUGCGCUGACGCUUGGGUUCAAAUCCUCAGUCUGAAACGCAGGGGUGUCCUCCCCCCCUUUUAUUUAAGCUCUGCAUCUUUACAAAGGCGCAUCUCUCCCGGCCUCGCAGAGACAGCUGUAAUUUCUUUUUCUCUGCUGCUUUUCUUCUGAUUCUGGGAGAUUUGAUGGGAUUUCGCUGUCUGAAAGGAUCGCAGCACGGCUACUUCCAUAUGCAGUGCCAGGCUGUUGCUGUUAGUGGUCUGUGAUCGAUGCGUAAAAAGGGGGGAAAAAAUCAAAGCUAAACUGUGACAGACUGAACUUCAGCUUUAUUGAUGGUGCAAGCAACCAAAAGGGCAGACCCCCAAGACUUGAAGACUGUUUUUCUGAAGUAUGCCAGCGUGGUGCAGGAUGGAGAGCAUUACAUGACCCCCAAGGACUUUGUGCAGCAUUACCUGGGUCUGCAUACACAGCCUCAACACAAUCCCAAAACUGUGGCGCUGAUAGCCGGAGUGGCUGACACCACCAAGGAUGGAUUGAUCUCUUUCCAGGAGUUUCUGGCCUUUGAGGCAGUUCUAUGUGCCCCCGAUGCCCUGUUCAUAGUUGCCUUUCAGCUGUUUGACAAGACUGGUACAGGGAACAUCUCAUUUGAGAAUGUACGUGACAUCUUCAGCCAGACUACAGUCCAUCACCACAUUCCCUUCAACUGGGACUGUGAGUUCAUCAGGCUACACUUUGGCCAUGAAAGGAACAAGAACCUCAGCUACACAGAGUUCACCCAAUUUCUGCAGGAGCUGCAGCUUGAGCACGCCCGCCAGGCUUUCGCACAAAAAGACAAGAGCAAAAGCGGCACCAUCACUGCCUUGGACUUCAGUGACAUCAUGGCCACCAUCAGGCACCACAUGCUGACUCCGUUUGUCGAGGAAAAUCUGGUUUCAGCUGCGGGAGGGAGCACCUCCCACAUGGUGAGCUUCUCCUACUUCAAUGCCUUCAAUGCUCUCCUGAACAACAUGGAGCUGAUCCGCAAGAUUUACAGCACGGUGACGGGCACGCACAAAGACACUCUCGUCACCAAAGAGGAGUUUGUUCAUGCUGCAAAUAAGUUUGGUCAAAUCACUCCGAUGGAAAUUGACAUCCUGUAUCAGCUCGUUGGUCUCCACUCUCACUCCGGGCGGCUGAACCACGCAGACAUCGAGAGAGUUGCCCCACUGGAGGAAGGAGACAUGCCAUACCACCUAGCAGAGAGCCACAGACAGCACGCUCACGAAACGUCUCGACCCAUCUGGCUCCAGGCUGCGGAGUCUGCCUACAGGUUUUCUCUGGGCUCAAUCGCUGGAGCUGCCGGCGCUACGGCUGUGUACCCUAUUGACCUGGUGAAGACGCGCAUGCAGAACCAGCGCUCCACUGGCUCCUUUGUAGGAGAGCUGAUGUACAAGAGCAGCUUCGACUGCGCAAAGAAAGUGCUCCGUUACGAGGGCUUCUUCGGCUUUUACAGAGGUCUCCUCCCGCAGCUCAUUGGCGUUGCCCCGGAGAAAGCUAUCAAACUCACGGUGAACGAUUUUGUCAGAGACAAGUUCACCAACCAGGAUGAUACCAUCCCUCUUCCUGCAGAGAUUCUGGCUGGUGGAUGUGCUGGAGGCUCCCAGGUGAUUUUCACCAAUCCUCUGGAGAUUGUUAAGAUCCGUCUGCAGGUGGCUGGAGAGAUCACUACUGGCCCAAGGGUCAGUGCCCUGACUGUUGUGAGGGACCUGGGCUUCUUUGGCCUCUACAAGGGAGCCAAAGCUUGCUUCCUGCGUGACAUUCCCUUCUCCGCCAUCUACUUCCCCGUUUAUGCCCACACCAAGGGGAAGCUGGCAGAUGACGAUGGAAGGCUGGGGCCUCUGCAGCUGCUCACUGCUGGAGCUAUUGCAGGUGUACCAGCAGCUUCGUUGGUGACCCCUGCUGAUGUCAUCAAGACCAGGCUCCAGGUGGCAGCCCGAGCAGGCCAGACGACGUAUAACGGAGUCAUCGACUGCUUUAGGAAGAUCCUCAAGGAGGAAGGUUUCAGAGCAUUUUGGAAGGGCGCAGGAGCUCGCGUCUUUAGAUCAUCACCGCAGUUUGGCGUAACACUGGUGACCUACGAACUGUUACAGAGAUGGUUCUAUGUUGACUUUGGAGGACAUCGUCCUGCUGGAUCUGAGCCCACUCACAAACCUACAAUCAAGGACCUUCCCUCUGUGACUCCAGACCACCUGGGUGGUUACCGUCUGGCCGCCACAACCUUUGCUGGCGUGGAGAGAAAAUUUGGCCUGCACCUGCCUAAGUUUAAGCCUUCCGGAGAGGUGACAAUCACAUCAGCGACGUCCAAAGCAGAGCCUCAAGCCUCAUAAACAGUCACUUCUCGUGAGGGCUGCAUGCUCUUUCAGCCCUCAUUUCCUCCUUUACUUAACCACAUUUCGAUUCAAUGCAUAGAAGUGGUUGUCUUACUAUAAAUGCUGCAUGGGUAUGGCUUUAAUUGCAUUUUCUUUGCAUAGCUUGCACAAUUUUUUUGUACAUCUUGUACUUCUCCACAGAGGGACAUUAUGGCAUUACAAAGGAUUGUCACUGCGCUUUUCUGGUGUGCAUGUGUGACUUGCAUUUAAGAGACAUGAGGAUGUACAGAUAUUUUCAAAGUAUUUAUUUUGAAAUCAUGACCAGGGGGACUUGGGAAAUUAUUUAAAUGUAUUUAUUGUAUUUUACUGAAAUAAAUCAUUGAAACUGUUGAUUGCUAUUGUGAAAUGUACAUUCUCUGUUUUGACACCAAUCUCUAUUCAGAGCCCAUCACCGUACAUGACAAACGUGGAAAUCACCGAGCAGUUACAGCAUACAUAACCACCCUAUUCAACAUGCUGGGGUGAUAUUCCAACCAUCCCGGAUCCAACUCGAGCUGCGCUGAUUAAGAGGCAAGAAGUGCAGUAUAAAACAACAUCUUGGUAGAAAGACUUUGACAUUUCACUAUUUUACAAACAAGUGUUUAUGUUAUCCAGUCUAAAAGAACAGAGAUGGCGACGUGGGCUACAGCUAUGAGAUGUUUACAUUCCUGGGUGUUUAGAGAUGUGAUUGCUUUACUACAACUUUGGUGGAAAUGGAGAACAGCUCUUACUGAUUUUCCUGAAUAUGCUGAAAGUGGAGCACCGACUUAACUCAUAAUUAAGGCUGCUAUGCUGUAAAUAAAAGUGGGUAAAGACGUGACAAUCAAGAUUUAAAUUAAACUUUAAGGCAUCUGGUUGAAGAAAAGAUGACUGUUUUGUGAAUAUGGCUUUGGGUUAGUGUCUGAGGUUCAUAGCCCUGUCGCUUGGCUUAUUCA